AAUGGGCAGGGCUAUAGGUGUGUGAGAACAACAGCAUGCCGGGCUAGUGGAAUAGAGAGACGGAAUGAGAUGAACGGAAGGAAGAGAGAAAGAGGAGGGUGUGUGGUUAAGUGCUUGUAAGUGUGCAUGUGCAUGCAUGCGUGUGUGUGUGUGUGUGUGUGUGUGUGUGUGUGUGUGCGUUAGUAAGUGAAAUUAUACAGAGGCAGUGUCCAAGUGCAGGAUAGUGAACCGGGUAGAGAGAUGCAUGAAGAGGAUGAGGAGUAACAGGGCGAGGCAGCAGCUAGAGCCACUGAGUGCGUGUGGUUGAGGAAUAUUGUGUGAACAGAGGGAUGCAGUCAUGUUUCUGUGAGAGGGAGCAGCACAGCAACGGUAACCAUGCUAAGCCCCAAGAUAAAACAGGCACGCCGGGCACGAUCCAAGAGCAUGGUGCUUGGAGAGCUGUCUCGGGUGUCCAGGCCUUGCUCUCCUCUGGAACAGGAGAAAGCCCUGAAAGCAGGCUGGCUGAAGAGACAGCGGAGCAUCAUGAAAAACUGGCAGCUGCGUUGGUUUGUCUUGAGGACCGAAGCUCUGUAUUUCUACAAGGACCAGGAUGAAACCAAGGCACAGGGUUGUAUUCCUCUUCAGGGCAGCCAGGUCAAUGAGCUGCCUGCUAAUCAGGACGAGCAUGGUCGCCACCUUUUUGAAAUUGUUCCAGGGGGUGAUGGAGAAAAGGAUCGAACAGGUAUAAGCCAUGAAUCAUACCUGCUGAUGGCCAACUCUCAAAGUGACAUGGAGGAAUGGGUCAGAGCCAUACGCAGGGUUAUAUGGGCUCCACUUGGAGGAGGUGUUUUUGGGCAGCACCUAGAGGAGACAAUGUUGUAUGAGGCCCAGUGUGGCCCUCAGCGACUGGUUCCUGUGGUGGUUGAACAGUGUGUGUGUUUCAUACGUGAACAUGGCCUCAAGGAGGAGGGCCUUUUCAGGGCCCCUGGACAAACCAAUCACGUUCGAGAGCUGCAGGAUGCAUUCGAUCAUGGUGAAAAGCCAGUGUUUGACAGUACCACAGAUGUCCACACAGUGGCAUCACUGCUAAAGCUGUACAUAAGGGAGCUACCAGAGCCUAUAAUCCCAUUUUCCAAAUACACACAGUUUCUGUCUUGUGCUCAGCUACUUACUAAGGAUAAAGAAAUGGGUAUCAUAGAGUUAGUGAAGCAGGUGAAAUCCCUUUCUCAGGUCAACUACAACCUCCUUAAAUACAUCUGCAAGUUUCUGGAUGAGGUUCAGUCUCACUCCUGUGAGAAUAAAAUGAGUGUUCAGAAUCUAGCCACUGUGUUUGGACCCAAUAUCCUUCGACCCAGAGUGGAGGAUCCAGUUACCAUGAUGGAGGGAAGCUCACAAGUGCAGCACCUAAUGACUGUGCUGAUCAGUGAACACUCCCAACUUUACCAGCAUGAUGAGCUGGAGACCAAAAUCCUCUCACAGCAACAGCAAAACCCUAUCCAACGGAGCAAAGUGGAAUGGCUCUCACAAGUAGACAAUGACCAUGCAUCCUCCUGUGGCACAGGCUCCAAAACCGAUAAAGAGAAACCCCAAUCUUCCACCCCUUCUACAGACAGUAAGCCAACUGCACCAAGCCCCAUUACAAUAUCAGAGAAGAGCGAGAGUGGUCAGACUGAAGAGAAGCGCAAAAGUAAAACAGAGGAGACAGUGGAUGGAAAAACAGAUAGCAAAACUGAAGUGAAAAGUGGGAGUGAAGUAGUCGUUAGCCCCAGUAAACAAUCUAAAGCCUUGCCCUCCUGGAGGUGCUCCUUCAAGGGCAGUGCUGCAUCCGGGGGAACAAGAGGGAAAAUAGGGGGAUCUGCAGGGGACGUGUCAGCAACUGGUGGGAGCAACUGGCUAAUAAAUGGCCUGUCAUCCCUCCGAGCUCACAGGCGCGCCACCUCAUCUGCUGAAAGACUGAAAGAUUCUACUUUGUCUCUGAAGGAUUCAAAUCUCUCCUUGAAAGACACCACUCCUUCACUUAAGGACUCACAGAGAGAGACUGAUGAAGAAUCCUCUCGAACAUCACUGUCUCAAAGAGCCCUGCAUCAGUCCCACAGAAUAUCUGCCUAUGACAAUGUUGCCCCCUCCAGUAUAAGCCUGCCUUCUGAUACUUCCUGCAUCUGGACAUCCUAUGAGAUCUCAUUGGCUGAGCCAGAGGGAAGCGAUAAGGCAGUAAAAUUAGGGCAAGGUCAAGAAAGACUCACAGCAGUGAGAGACAGUCUGGAUCACAGUGCAAGUGGUACUGAAGAUGAUCUUGCAACAACAAAUGUAGAUCUCACCAGUAUGCUGAUCCAACUCAAGGAGGAGCUGAAGAAACAGAGGACGAGUUAUGAAACCUGCAUUCGCAAGCUGGAGGAGUCCUGUUCCAAGUACCAGUCCCAGAUAAAUAGCCUUGAGGAAGAGCUGGACCAGGAGAAGAAGAAGUUUCACAUGCUGCAGAUCCAACUCAGGAACUCAGAGCGGGCACAUCAAGAUGCAGAAAACCGAAAUAUUCUGCUCCAGCAGGAGAUGGAGGAGUUCUUCAAAACCCUUGGAGAUCUAACCACAGGAGCAACACGGACCAGUUAGACCAGACCAACCUGCCUUCAUCUGCUCCAUCAUAAGAGAAGGCACUUCAUUACUGGGAAGACCAGCGAGCCCAAAGCUUUGAAGACCAAAUACCUCUAGUGCAGUACUACUUGCCAUUGUACCCUCUUUACUAUGGCCAACUUGUGCCUACACUGACCAGUGCCGGUGCCAAAUGCAAACUCCUCUGGACAAAGCAUCUCUCCUUUUACCAUUCCAUAAAUUCCUUACUAUUACACUCCAUAGGUCAUGUAGUUGAUUAUUUAUUGACUAAAUCUCUCUGUAAGAGACCAGAAAAGGCCUUAUCAACAGUAUGAGGUAGUCGUCCUAUACACACACUGUUCAUUUCUGCUUAGAAAUCAUAUUCUUGCAAGAAAUGUUAACUUGACAGAAAAAAGGGACAAUGCAAGACAUUAAAAUUCAACUCUUUUAUUUGCUGGAGUUGAAGGGCAACAGUUUUCACGUUUGAUGUAUAUAGUUGGUCUGUUAGUGAG